GGGAGCUUGGGCCUUGCCUAUCAUCUCCGACAGCCGCACUUCGCCCGACCCAGCAAGGACCUAUUUUUUCGCCAACGGUCGUGGCCAGCACUGCUACAGAAAUCAUGGCCGAUUCCGAUGAGGAAUAUAUCGGAGAGAUCACAGACGAUGAGGAGGUGGGCUCCCAUCAGGUGUCGCGCGACACCCGUUCGAGAAAAAGACAACGAGGAGGCGCGGAGUGGGAAGUCUCAAGAACAUGGGAAACGCUGGUAGAAGGUGCAGAUGGGACUAUCAGCUCGACGGUGGAAGGCUUAUUAGAAGCUGGGAAAAGGAAGAGGCUGCUCAGAGAUACGACUCCACUGCAGCGAGGUAUCAUUCGGCAUUUGAUAUUACUCUUGGAUCUCUCGCAGGCCAUGGCUGAGAAGGACCUCCGGCCUACGCGCUACCUCCUUAUGAUUCGAUAUGCGCAGGAGUUCGUCGUGGAAUUCUUUGAACAGAACCCUAUCUCCCAGCUCGGUAUCUUGGGUAUGAGGGAUGGUCUGGCAGUCAGAAUCAGCGACUUGAGCGGGAAUCCCACAGAACAUAUCAGCGCCCUACAACGCCUCAGAGCGCAGGACCCAAAAGGGCUGCCCAGUCUUCAGAAUGGGCUUGAGAUGGCCCGCGGUGCACUAUUCCACACCCCCAAACACGGAACGCGAGAAGUGCUGAUCGUCUUUGGUGCCCUCCUUUCCUCGGAUCCUGGGGACAUCCACCAAACGAUAAACACGCUUAUAAACGAUAAGAUACGAGUAGCCGUGGUCGGACUCGCAGCACAGGUUGCGAUAUGCCGUGUACUCUGUGCGAAAACUAAUAGCGGAGAUGAUACAGUGUAUGGGGUUGCACUUAACGAGCAACAUUUCCGCGAGUUGAUGAUGGAAGUGACAACACCACCUGUCCAGCAUUCCCAGAAACAGGCUGCUAGUUCCCUAUUGAUGAUGGGAUUUCCAUCCCGUACGGUUGAAUCAGCUCCGUCUUUGUGUGCUUGCCAUUCCAAGCCCUCGCGUGGAGGAUAUCUAUGUUCCAGAUGCAACAGCAAAAUCUGUAGCCUACCCGCAGAAUGCCCAGCAUGUGGUCUUACACUCAUUCUCUCCACCCAUCUUGCUCGAUCAUACCAUCAUCUAUUCCCACUUAUGAAUUGGGUUGAGGUACCCUGGCAGAACGCCUCGAAGAGCUCUAAUUGCUUUUCAUGCGGCGUCAACUUUCCCCCGGUUCCGCCUGAGGAUCAAUGGCUGGUCACGGAGAACCACGCUCAUACCAAAGGGAUGAGUGUGAGCAGCCGUUACGAAUGUACAGCCUGCGGAAAUCAUUUCUGCAUUGAUUGUGAUCUAUUUGCUCAUGAGGUUGUGCACAAUUGCCCUGGUUGCCAGAGUGGCCACAUUAGGUCAGAAAAGAAGGAGGAUGUCUCAAUGUCAUGAAAAAUGGAUUUUAUCGGAGUUUAUUGGAAAUAAUGAAAAAUAGGCGCUCCUGGUCGGAUUGUGUCGGCGCGCAAGAACUCGGAAAAUGUGUGUACACUAGUUACAAACCUACUUAACUAUGCAUGAAAAGGAAAAAUGUACAGUCGCGAAGUCAUUGUUAGCAUUAUUUUCUGCAGUAUUUUGUUGAGAUCUAUCCUGUCAAGGAAGUGGUAAUGGGAUAUUGUCCCUCUGUCUGGAUAUAUUAAGUAUGCAUUUGGUGGUUUUAAGUAGUAGUACCUAGUUGGCUUAACAUAAUCAUCAAGAAACCCCUCAUAUCAGCAUCCAGCGCACCAAAAGCCAGAUAAACUAUUACAAUAAUUUACCCCCUCCUAUACCAUUACCAAGGUACAUAUAUCCAUACUCUAACUACCA